CCCCGGGCCACCCCGCAGGUCUUUCGCCGGGACGCGUACCUGGCCGAGGGCCGCCAGGACCUGCUGCGGGGCGUGGAGGACUUCCUGGAGGCCAGCAUCGUGCUGCCUCCCACCGAGACCCCCAACGAGCAGCUCCUCCGCAGCCUGGUGCCACUGCAGCACCAGCUGCUCCGCCGCCGCUACCAGCCCCCCGAGGGACCCCCCGUGGGAUCCCCCAUCCUCAUGACCCUUUCCUUGCGGCUGGAGGAGCCGGCGCCGGAGGACGACGACCCCCUGCGCAGGACCAAGCGUCCUUUCGGGGGCCUGGCCCUCAGCCCUCAGUGUCUGGCCGCCGUCAUCUUCAUCUACUUCGCAGCGCUGUCACCUGCUGUCACCUUUGGAGGCUUGCUGAGUGAGAAGACCAAGGGGAUGAUGGGGGUGUCGGAGCUGCUCGUCUCCACCUGCGUGCAGUGCGUCCUCUUCAGCAUCCUCAGCGCUCAGCCCCUGCUCGUCAUUGGCUUCUCGGGGCCCCUCCUGGUCUUCGAGGAAGCCUUUUACUCGUUCUGCAGUGACAAUGGCAUGGAGUACAUCGUGGGCCGGGUCUGGAUCGGGUUCUGGAUGAUCCUGCUGGUGGUGGUGGUGGUGGCCGCCGAGGGCAGCGUCCUGGUGCGCUACCUGUCCCGCUACACCCAGGAGAUCUUCUCCUUCCUCAUCUCCCUCAUCUUCAUCUUCGAGACCUUCUCCAAGCUGGUCACGAUCUUCAGGAGCCACCCGCUGCAGCGCCGUUACAACGUGAAGGACGCCUUCGAGCCCAAGGUGCCCGAGCCCAACACGGCGCUGCUGUCCCUCGUCCUCAUGGCCGGCACCUUCUUCCUGGCCUUCUUCCUCCGCAAGUUCAAGAACAGCGCGUUCCUGCCCGGCAAGGGGAGGCUGGGGGCCCGGCGCUUGAUCGGGGACUUUGGGGUGCCCAUCUCCAUCUUCAUCAUGGCGCUGAUCGACUUCUUCAUCAAGGACACCUACACGCAGAAACUGAACGUCCCCAGAGGACUGGAGGUCACCAACACCUCGGCCCGGGGCUGGUUCAUCAACCCCAUGGGGGAGCACAAGACCUUCCCCAUCUGGAUGAUGUUCGCCUCGGUGGUGCCCGCCAUCCUCGUCUUCAUCCUCAUCUUCCUUGAGACCCAGAUCACCACCCUCAUCGUCAGCAAGCCCGAGAGGAAGCUGGUGAAGGGCUCCGGCUUCCACCUGGACCUGCUGCUGAUCGUGGCCAUGGGGGGGCUGGCAGCGCUUUUCGGCAUGCCCUGGCUCAGCGCCACCACCGUCCGCACCAUCACCCACGCCAACGCCCUCACCGUCAUGAGCAAGACCUCGGCGCCCGGCGAGAAGGCCCAGAUUUUGGAGGUCAAGGAGCAGCGCAUCAGCGGCUUGUUGGUGGCCGUGCUCAUCGGCGUCUCCAUCCUGAUGGAGCCCAUCCUCAAGUUCAUCCCGCUGGCCGUGCUCUUCGGCAUCUUCCUCUACAUGGGUGUCACCUCCCUGUUCGGCAUCCAGCUCUUCGACCGCAUCCUGCUCCUGCUGAUGCCCCCCAAGUACCACCCCAGCGAGCCCUACGUCACCCGGGUGAAGACUUGGCGGAUGCACCUCUUCACCUUCACCCAGAUCAUCGUCCUCGUGCUGCUCUGGGUGGUGAAGUCCAGCCCGGGCUCGCUGGCCCUGCCCUUCAUCCUCAUCCUCACCGUGCCCCUGCGGCGCUUCCUGCUGCCCAAGAUCUUCCAGGACAUCGAGCUCAAAUGC